GAUGAUACCCUCUGCCUCCAUCUACAUUUGCACAUAUAGGAAUUUGCACAUAGUUUCAGGAGAUUCCCUCAAGAAACCCAAGACUGCAACUGGCAACGUGGAAGCAAAAGUAGUGUGCUUUUAUAGACGACGAGAUAUUUCCAACACGCUUAUAAUGCUUGCAGACAAGCAUGCUAAAGAAAUUGAGGAAGAAUCGGAAACAACAAUCGAGGCAGACUUGACUGAUAAACAGAAGCAUCAGCUGAAACACAGGGAGCUCUUUUUGUCACGCCAGUAUGAAUCUCUGCCUGCAACGCAUAUCAGGGGAAAAUGCAGUGUUGCCCUUCUGAAUGAGACAGAGUCAGUAUUGUCAUAUCUUGAUAAAGAGGACACCUUUUUCUACUCAUUGGUCUAUGACCCUUCAGUGAAAACACUGUUAGCUGACAAAGGUGAAAUCAGAGUGGGGCCUCGAUAUCAAGCAGACAUUCCAGAGAUGCUCUUAGAAGGAGAAUCAGAUGAGAGGGAACAGUCCAAAUUGGAAGUUAAAGUUUGGGAUCCAAAUAGCCCACUUACAGAUCGACAGAUUGACCAGUUUUUAGUUGUAGCACGUGCUGUGGGGACAUUCGCUCGAGCCCUUGAUUGCAGCAGUUCUGUGAGGCAGCCGAGUCUGCAUAUGAGCGCAGCUGCAGCGUCGCGAGACAUCACCCUGUUUCAUGCUAUGGAUACAUUGUAUAGGCACAGCUAUGAUUUGAGCAGUGCUAUUAGUGUCUUAGUACCACUUGGAGGACCUGUUUUAUGCAGAGAUGAAAUGGAAGAGUGGUCAGCCUCUGAAGCUAGUUUAUUUGAAGAGGCACUGGAAAAAUAUGGCAAAGACUUCAAUGACAUACGUCAAGACUUUCUCCCUUGGAAAUCAUUGACUAGCAUCAUUGAAUAUUAUUACAUGUGGAAAACUACUGACAGAUACGUGCAGCAGAAACGUCUAAAAGCAGCAGAAGCCGAGAGUAAACUGAAACAAGUGUAUAUCCCAACUUACAAACCAAAUCCCAACCAAAUAUCUGCCAGCAAUGGCAAACCUGGUGCUGUGAAUGGAGCCGUGGGGACCACAUUCCAGCCACAGAAUCCCCUGCUAGGGCGCGCCUGUGAGAGCUGCUAUGCUACACAGUCGCAUCAGUGGUAUUCUUGGGGCCCACCUAAUAUGCAAUGUAGAUUGUGUGCAACCUGUUGGCUCUAUUGGAAAAAAUAUGGAGGCCUGAAAAUGCCCAGCCAGUCAGAAGAAGAGAAGUUAUCUCCCAGCCCAACUACAGAGGACCCCCGUGUUCGGAGUCACAUGUCUCGCCAGGCCAUGCAGGGGAUGCCAGUCCGAAACACGGGGAGCCCAAAGUCUGCAGUGAAGACCCGCCAAGCUUUCUUCCUUCACACUACAUAUUUCACAAAAUUUGCUCGUCAGGUCUGCAAAAAUACCCUCCGGCUGCGGCAGGCAGCAAGACGGCCGUUUGUUCCUAUUAAUUAUGCUGCCAUUAGGGCAGAAUAUGCAGACAGACAUGCCGAACUAUCUGGAAGUCCACUGAAAAGCAAAAGCACUAGGAAACCUUUGGCAUGUAUCAUUGGGUAUUUAGAGAUCCAUCCUUCGAAGAAACCUAAUGUAAUUCGAUCUACGCCAAGCCUGCAAACCCCCACUACCAAGCGGAUGCUAACCACCCCGAAUCACACGUCUCUGAGCAUUUUGGGGAAAAGAAACUACAGUCAUCACAAUGGCCUGGAUGAACUCACAUGCUGCGUGUCGGACUGAGCUAUCCCUAUUUCAUACUAUAAGCCAAGACUCGCUACACUGUCCUGCUGAUAUUCACAGUCGUGCCUGGGAAGGAGGCAGCCCCGUUUCCAGCACAUUUCAGUGGGAGACCUACACAUGUGCCCCCUGGAGACUUGGUGGGGCAGGGGAAGAAACUGUAGGAGUGCACGUCCCCAAAGCCGCAUCUCCACGUGUGAAUCAGUGUCACCUCGCUUUCCCCUCAGAGACCUCACUGUCCCACAGCGGGACCUGCCUGAAAAUUGAGGGGACAAGGGAGCCCCUCAGCCUCUUCCUUCUUCAGCACUCCGCUCCCAGGCACCGCGGCUCCUCAGGCAGCGGAGCUGCUGAGAGCUCAGAGCUGCUGCUGCCCUGCAUGCGUCAGCUCAGCCCUGUUGUUGGCGCCAUGAUGGUCUACAGGAGGGACAUGGCAGCUUUCUGAAUGGAUUUUUCUUAAGAAAAGUGCCAGUGUUUAUGCAGUUCAUGAUAUUGCCCCAUCCCUGCCGUUACUGUCACUUGGCUUUUUCUCACUAGUCUUCAUCUUUAUUUUUUUUUAAUGGGGAAGUUUUUCUCUCACCCCUGCAUCCUAUAUUUGGCUCCCCCUUCUCUACCCCUCCUAGAUACAGAAUUAUGAGAUUCUGACAAAAAAAUAAGAAAAUCUUCUUCGGUAAGUCUGUGAACUCUUCAUAUCAUCUGUAUUUUAUUGUUGGAGAGAGGCUGGUGUUCUACUUGGUUCUGCCUGGUCCCAGAUAGCUCCAGCAAAAGCAGGUGUUAAAACUGAGCUGAGCGUGUGUAUCACUGUGACAAGCCAUUCGCAUACUGCCCUAUUCCCUGACGGCCAAGUCAGCCGCUGAGCAACUGUAGCCAGGUUAGUCCUUCAGCGAGUCACAAAUCACCCAGGUUUAUCUUAAACAGACGGAAUCUGUUUGGUCUAGGAGGGUGAAAUGAGAGAAGUGUGUUUGCAGGUGAGUGUGUAUAUACGACACCACGAGCCCAGACAUUUCUGUGAACACACGUGCCUAGGCCCCAGGAAAUGUGCCUGUGACCCAGUUUUCACUGGCUUGGGCUCUUCCUGUCUGCCCUCAGCACCAGUCCUUGCUGGCCCCACAGGCUGGCCAUUCUGCAGUUCUGUGCACACAGCUGCAGGGGUAGGAAUAACUUAGUGCCCCACGACUCCCCCGAGCAGAUACGAGUCUGGCCACUCCACUGCCCUCCAUUUGCAGGGAUAGGCUGCAGGGCACAGGCUCACAGCACCGUGAAAGAAAACUGGAGCCUGGCCUUCAAGCUGUCCCUGGGGUCUGCAGCUGGAUGGCCAAACACCCAGGUUUUUGCAGGAUAGAAUGACUACAGUCGAGUUGACACUCCCCUGCCCCCCAAGUAGAGUGAGGCAUCAUUAAAAUGACAAUGACACCGUAGAGGCCCAGAUGCUCAGAGGUUGGGUUCAGCUCAGCAAAGAGAACAUGAUGGGUGAUGGCUGAUGGCGAUGCCCAGAGUUUGAGCUGCCUUUUCCUUCCCUAGUUUUGCAGCCAGUGUGGCUUCUCUUCUAAGGCGUUGCUUCUCAUCUUUGGCUUUUGCGAGGGUGACCUGGAGAUGUUCUCACCACUGCCAACUCUUGGAGCUGUUCUGGGUCUUGCUUGGGGCCCCGACGGUGGGCCUGUGUGAGAGGUGCCCAAUGAGUGGGGUGGAGGUGACAGGCGUCACCCUAGGGGUUCCCCAGAGAGAAGCCCCCCUCUGAAAAUAGGGAGAGGAGGCAAUUGGCUCACUGCAUCACACACCACAUGGUGUGUUCUCUCUAAAGAAAGACAGGGAAAAGCUGUCUCUGUGUCCUGCCCUGGAUUUAUUGUUGCACAUGGACACAGGAGGUGCAAUGGCUCCCUGCCCUUCCACGCUCCUCUCCUGACCCAUGUGAAAUGUGCCUGUUGAUUAGAGAAAAGUCUACUUCUGUGACUCUGCUGCCAAGCUUCACUCUUCCUGCGUCUUGGGAGAGGCCCUCCUCACCCAGACCCAGGAGAUUUGGAGACUGAGGCCAAGCCCGGUCUGCAGGGAGAAGAGGGAGUCCCCCACCCUAGUUGUAGUUCACAUUUAGCUUUGGUAAAAGCGCAUCUCGUUUUGAGCCACAUGUACCAAGAAAGCUGUUACUUCACCUUGUAGUAAGAACUCCUGGUUCUGCAGCCCCGUCCUCCUACAAAGAGGAUGUUGACUAAGAUCUUUAUGUUCCCACUUCAUUUCUGGAAAGUUCCCCAGCAUUCUGAUUGAACACUCAAGGGAAUAGAGAAAAAACACCAAGGAGCCUCUAACGUUUGCCUUGGCCGUUCUGAGAAGUUGGUGCUGAGAGGGUUUCCCUCAGACACUGUUGGGCCCACAGUGUCUCCAUUUUGCGGGGGCAUGUCACCGUGGUGCAGUGAGCUUGUGGGGUAGAUACGCGGGGUCUGUCUGCACGGCCCACGGCGGAUGCGCCCGGUGGCACCGUGUUGAGCCUGGUCUGUGCUCCCUUGGACAUGCACACAAGCUCGCAAGCCAUCUCCCCAGUCUGCCUAACCACCCGUCCACCGCCAGAGAUGAUGCAAAAGGAGCGCGGACUGGCUUUUAGCCCGCCUCUCACAGCUCUGCUUUGCCCACAGCCGGGUUUCUAUCAGUCGGCAUCCAGCCAGCGACGCAGAAGCCACUCCCAAUAUUUAAAACAGGGGUCGUAAUCCUGAGAAUUACUGAACACAGAAACAAGAAGAGGCCAAACUCAGAGGUGGGGAACAACAACAGGAAACGGCCACCCCCAGAGGCUGGGGGGACACAGGGGAGAGGCCAUGUGACCAGAGCAUGGGGACCAGGGCCACUGGGAGGAACUGGGGACCACAAAAGUCCUCUCUGGUGGGAGCUGGAGCCUCGAGCAGGCCUGGCUGCUGCCGGAAACACCGCCGCCCUGGGCAGGGGCGGGGAGAAAUAGUCUAGCUUCUCCUUUCCUCGUGCCCUACGGGUUCUUCAGGUGUCUCUUGUUAGUUAAACCCAACUGGAGGGGGGGUUCCAGGGACAAGCACGCUGCGGUGGUCAGCCCCCACUGCUGGGGGGGGGUGUGCAGAUAGAGGAGCGGGUCUGAGGGCAGGCAGGCAGGCUGGGUCUGCCCGGUGUCACGUCCAGCCUGGCGUUUAUGCCCCGUGCUAUCCCAGUGAGGGUAGACGCAGGAGCUGCCCCUGUGGGCGUUUUGUAGACUCACUCACCUAGAAAGGAAAAUGUGUUUGGAAGGGAGGGGGGUAAAGCCUUUAUUCUCAACGAUUGUCCCUGUUUUCCUUUGGGGGAAUUUACCCAUUUAGCAGCCCCACCUCACCAUUCCCCUCAGGAAAGCCAUGUCCCAGUUUUCUGUCCAUCCCUCCCCUCCAUUCCUCUGCCCCCAAUUUCCGAGUUGCCCUGCCAGAGAACACUAGCCCAGACCAUGCGUCCGUGGUCAUGAGUGUUUCCCCAGGAUAAUCCAUUCAGAGCGUGAUGUUAGUGUGGACUGUCUGUAAGUAGAUACCAUCUACUAAUCAAUUUGUAUUGUGUUUCCAAUAAAUUUCUGGAGAUCAUGUCUGGUUUUAUGCUGUCCUUUGCUGGGAUGAUGGCUCUGCUGUAAGGCUCAGUGUGUGCUCGCCCCAGGCGCCAGCAUCAGG